AUGGCGGAAACGUUCUCCGCACCGGCCACGGCCCCCGCUGUGCCGUCGCCGGCCUUGACGUGGCAGCAGCAGCUGCUGAACGAGUCACAGAACAACAAUGCAAACCGCAAGAAGAAGGAAAAGCGGCCAGCGAAGAGCAAGCCUGCGCCCAGCGCCCAGAAAUCCAACAACAAGCCCAAGCAGGAGUCGGCGUCGGGCCUGACGUGGCAGCAGGAGCUCUUCAAUCAGGCACAGCGCCAGGGACCCGAGUUUGAUCAUGCCGCAGAUACGCGCGACGUCGAGACGUUUGGAGGGAACGUCAAGGGCACGCCGGAUCGACGCAAGCCCAAGGGCAACGGCAAGGGCAAGUCCAGCGAGGGCAAGUCGCCUCAGACACCGCACAAGGGAGCCGUGCCGGCACUUGCAUAUGCGGGUCCUACCUUCCAGAACUCGCCUUCGGCUGCAAGCCUGCCAGCACCGCUUUUUAAAGGCAAGUCGAAGCUGGGCAACGACGAUGGCGAAGAGGCACGGUCUGUCUCGGCACCUGUGCCCCAAGCUGCAGCUGCCAAGGACGAUACUGUGCAGGAAACUGCGCCAAAGGAAGCACCGCCGUCGGGUCCUGUGCAGCAGUCGGUGCCUGCCUCGCAGCAGUCGGUGCCUGCCUCGCAGCACUCCACGCCUGUUCCUCUGCCGCCGGCGCCUGCCUCGCAGCAGUCCACGCCUGUUCCUCAGCAGGCUGCUCCUGCUUCCCAGCAGUCUGCUUCUACCCAACCGCCUGCUCAGGGCCCCCAUGGGCCCCAGCACCCUCACCAGGGCUACCCUCAUCCGUAUGCCAUGGGCCACAACCCCUAUCCUCCGCCACAUGCUCAGGCAUACCCCCAUAUGCCUAUGCCUAUGCCUCCGCAAGGCUUCCAAGGCUAUUCGCAGCUGCCCCCAGGAUAUGCUCCGCCGCCCGGCUAUCCUCAUUUUCCUCCACAGGGCUAUCCUGCCUCGCCUGGCUCGCUCCUCUACGCCGAAGAGUCCGGGUCGGUCGCGCUGUUGCCGGCGCGUGCCGAUCGGUCGGGGGACCAUGCACCGCUGCCCGCGCAAUGGCACAUCUCAGGGCGCGGCUACAUCGAGGAUCCACUCGUGACGGCGGGCGCCUCGACCGUCAAGGUUUUCCCUGAUACAGCUCGCGAGCCUAUUCCGGGAAUCGACAGUGUGCCAACACACGAACGGGCAUUUCACGGCAUCUCGUUUCUUCGGCGGUACCAUCCUGGUAUCGACGUGCCGUCUCGGCUGCUUACCAGUGCCAUUAUGGACGACGCACAGGCGCAGAUCGCUCAGGAGGAUGACGGAUCGGAUCUGGUCAAGUGCACCACGACCGUGCUUCCUGCGGAGGAAAAACGUGCUUAUUUGGUCGACACGCACGGAUCGGUUCAGUACUGGGACCUUGCUGCCCAGAAACGAACCCAUGUCACUCGACUCUGCCACCACGCAGACAGCCAUGACGCAUACUUUUCUCUGUCUCCUUCGAGCGAUCACAUCCUUGCAGCCGCAUCGUGCUUUGCUGCCUAUACCCUCGACCGUCGCGCACCCGAGCCUGUGGUGCUCAUGGACACCUCAUACUCUGCAAAUGUCCUGCGACGCACCAAAAUUACCUCUUUGCACACGUCUUCGCUCGACCUGCCGGACACGCAUCUUUACGCUUUGUCGUCGACAGAGGAUGUACAGUACUAUGACAAGCGGUACCCAAAUGUCCCACUUUGCUCCUGGGCACACCGCCGGGGAUACGAUCGUACGCUGGUCCUGUCGCAUGUGCCUGGCAUUGCAUCCGAUGGAUACGUCCUCUCUUCGCAAAAGAACCGUCUGCUGACGGUCUACGGCGCCCAAAUCCAGUCCGAUAAUGAUACCAAGGCACUUGCCGUCUAUGCACCGCGCUCUGUCGCUUCGGCUGUGCCGCCCAAUGCGUACUUCGACUCUCCGACGCCCCCUUUCCUUGCUGAACUCGGCACAGAGGGGACACUGGGCUUGGUGGAGCAGACACAACAAGGCGCACUGUGGAUGCGGUACUUGCAUCCAGGCGGCGUCUACGCCGACCUGGCCGAGCCGGCCGUGCACUGGCCCGAACAGGUCAAGGAGUGGUCGAAAGACACCGAGCAAAUGGAAGAUACAGGGCCAUUUGGUGACACCGAAGUGACACAGCUCGAUUAUCGUACGCUGUACAGAGCGGCCCUCCUCGGGUGGCUCGGCACGGCAAAACCAAGUGAAUGGGAAAGCGGGACGACAGAACGGCUCAGCCGUCUCCGGCAGUAUAUCAAGCGCACGAGCCCAGGUGCUCCGCGAACCUUACUCGACGACCUUCAGAAAGACGUCGAAUGGCACCCGGGCAUGUCGCAGCUGCAUACCCACAAUACACUCAGUGCGGCAGCGAUCGAGCCUCCGAACCUGUCUAAGCUUCUGCAGGAUGUCUUGGAACAGGCUCAAAACCAAGGUGCUGAAUCUCUUGUUCCGGCCAGUCUCCCUUGGCUGGACAAUAUCCCUAAAGAUCCCGAUGCGCUGUGGCCCUGGCUAAAGGAAGCCUUCCAAUACAAUCAUGCGCAGUCGUCCGAGGGAGAGUCAUGUGUUCUGCGUGCGGAAGCACAGGCUGCGCUGGAUGUCCUGCUGGCAUCGAUCUGCAUCCCUGGCGAGAAACCCCCGUCGGAUUCCGCGGUGAAUACGAACUGGUGCUGGGACCACCACGGACGGCCCAAGCUCCCUGAAGCUCCGGAGCUUACACUACUCCAGCAUUCUCCUACCAACGAUGACCACGACACGGAGUUGUCUGAUACCGCGCGACUGCUCCUGGCAGAAUGGCCUCUUGGGGCCGACCCAGCCGAGUAUGUCUACCGCAAUCCCUACCAAGGCCUCGACUUUGCCCCGGAAGAAGAAGAGGAGCAGCCGACUCCCUCGGCAAGCCAGCCUGCACGGCCGACGGUGCACCGAUUCUGA